AUGACGACUUGGAUUAUCACUUGCUUUUGUCUUCAACUACUCCUACUUAAUCCUCUUGUCAAAGCCCAGAGUUCCUGCGGGAAUCCAGUGACAGAUGAUGUGAAUGACAUUGCAAAAUUGGUUGGAAAUCUCCCAAAUGAUUAUAUGAUAACCCUUAAAUAUGUCCCGAAGAUGGAUAGUCUGCCUAAUCACUGUUGGUUGCAUUUGAUGGUGCCUGAAUUUUCAAGGAGUCUGCAUAAUCUUCUCCAGAAAUUUUCAGAUAUUUCAGAUAUGUCUGAUGUUUUAAGCAACUAUUCAAUCAUCAAUAAUCUCACAAGGAUAAUUAAUGAUCUUAUGGCAUGCCUAGCUUUUGAUAAAAAUAAGGAUUUUGUAAAAGAAAAUGGUCACCUUUAUGAAGAAGGUCGCUUCAUUCCUGAGGUUUUUUUUAGGCACUUUAAUAGUACCAUUGAGGUCUACAAGGAGUUUGCAGACACAUUGGAUAAGAAUGACUGCAUUCUGCCUUCAACAGUAGAAACACCAGAGAAUGAUUCCAGAGUCGCUGUCACAAAAACAUUUUUGUUUCCUCCUGUUGCUGCCAGCUCCCUUAGGAAUGACAGCAUUGGCAGUAACACUAGCAGUAACAAAGAGGUACUUGGCUUCAUUAGCAGCUCCAGCCUGCAAGGGAUCAGCAUAGCACUGACAUCAUUGCUGUCUCUUCUUAUUGGCUUUAUUUUGGGAGCUAUAUACUGGAAGAAAACACAUCCCAAAUCCAGACCAGAAAGUGGUGAAACUACACAGUGUCAUGACUGUCAAGAGGAAAAUGAGAUAAGUAUGUUGCAGCAAAAAGAAAAAGAACAUCUACAAGUGUAG